AUGAAUUCAGAUUGGGCAGGACUACCUAAUGAGCUUGUUGAUUUGAUAUUACAAAGGUUGGCUUCGGUGUCGAACUAUUUCCGAUUUGGUGCAACAUGCACGGCGUGGCACGAUGUUGCGACAGAGAACAUAAACUACUUGUUGUCCCUAAAGCACCCCAUGCUCAUUGUCCCUCUCAAUGCCCAAGAUGUUUGGAACCUAUAUAGCAUCAAAGACAACAAGCUUCUUCCCUUGCCAUUUCAAGUACCAUAUGUCGACCGAUUUGUCGACUCUUCCAACGGAUGGUUGGUCACCAUGGACGAUUAUUUAGUUGUUCGUUUACUCAACCCAUUGUGUUUGGUCCCCGAGAAACAAAUUGGUUGUGAUCCAAAUACUUACAUUACUCUUCCACCGUUGGAUCCACCAUACAGUAAUUUUGAUCACAUUCGCAAGGUUGUACUUUCUACUAAUCCGAUAUCAAGCCCCGACGAUUACAUGAUCAUGGCUAUAUUUGGUGCCGAUCAUCACGUAGCAUAUAUUAAACCAAGCAAAGACAAAAAAUGGACUUACAUUAACCAUAAUUGGGGUGUGCUUCAUGAUCUUAUAUACUUCCAAUAUCACUUUUGUGCAGUUGAUCAUAAGGGUGAAGAUCUGAAGUUAGAUUCAGAAAGAUGGGAAUGGAGGGAGAUGAAAAGUAUAGAAAACUGUGCUUUGUUUGUGGGUGACAACAGCUCAUUAUCUGUGGUGGCAUCUGAUUUUUAUGGAUGUCAACUAAAUUGCAUAUAUGUAAUAGAUGACUACGAGGCCUUUUUAUAUGCAUCAAUGACUCCAAAUGGUUCGUGUGUGUUGAAGAGUACCAAAAAUAUGGGUGUAUAUAAUAUGGAGACUAGAAGCUUUACUCCUUAUGACACCACCAAGGAUGAUGUGUUGUUGGCUGAUACAACAAAACUUGGGAUUGUUCCCUCCUUCGUAGCUUAUAAGCCUGCUUGA